AAACAAAACAACUGUUACCAACAUUAUUUACAUCUAGUUUCUUCCUCAGCUUCUUUCGUCAAACCGAGACAAUAAUAUGAGGUAGCUGAGCCGGAUCCAUAAUCCGAAGUAGCUCGCAAGACUGACGCAUCUCUUCAGUCAUGUCAGUCAUAUAUAACCAAAAACUAGGAUAUCUUCUCUAAGAGAAAAGUUGAGUUCUCCACCCAAGGCCUCAAUCCAAAUCCUGGGAACACAUAUCACAGACAAACAGGUCAAAAACGUUGAUUUUGAUCUUUGGGUUGACUGUACAAAAGUGUCUGGAAUCAGAUAUAUUUCGGCAUCAACCAGUGAUGAAAGGACAGGUUACUCCCGGCAAAUCCCAAACCGGAGACAGGACAAUGCCGAAGUUAUGCUGGAAAGUUUGCUAUACAACUGACUAUAUGACAGUGCAGAAAAAGACCGAAGCUGGUCACUGCACAAAGUAGUAUCUUUUGGGGAGGAAGAGUACGCCGCGAUGAAACUCUACAUAAGGCGCCUGGCACGCGAAGCCAAUUAUGAGGGCACGGUUGAAGUAAUAUCACAUACACCUUCUUCUGAGCCAAAUGAUAAUACUCUGGGACAUGAGAGUGCACGCAAUGCACGGCUCCAAGUUGAAUGGAGAUUCGAGUGUCCUUUCAUCCCCACUGACGACUAUUGGGACGCAUUGGUCAGGUACGCGAUGGUGGAUGGGAAGAAGGGCUGGAUAGAUCCGAAUGCGCCAAUGCCAUGCUACGGGCAGUCUCUACUUCGAAGAUCGCGCGCUAUUAACGGUGUUAACUGGGGACAGAAUGCGGGUGGCAGCACAUCUACCUAGAGAACUACGCUGGCCAUGGGGAUGUAAUGAUGCGCCACCAAUAGGAUAAAUGGUAUUUUCCGAAACCAUUGACCAACAGUGUCCUUUGAAAUAUUGCUUGUUGCAGUUUGGGGUUUUGAUUCUGACCUAGAUCUCAUAUUCAUGAAGAUCUUGCUUGCUUAUAUAUUCUAGAUAUGCCCUGCAGCAUUAUCGGGAGAAUAAUCAGGACAGCGCACAGCAGUUGACCACACAUGACCACAAUAGUAUGCUAUACCAAAG